AUGGUCAUAAAAGUGCGAGAAAAGAAUGCAAUUAUAUGUUUGAUUGGCGAAAGUUUUGAUAUGAUGGCAUGCACAUCUUCUAUUUAUCAUUUGUUGAUGAUGUCUGGUGAUCGUUAUUUAGCAAUAUGUAGACCAUUAGUUCACAGAACUUUACCUCGUCAUAUAGUUUACAUAGCCCUUGCUUCAACAGCAAAGACUAUCAGUGUCAUCUUAAGUUGUUACUUCGUCUGCUGGUUACCGUUUUUUAUCGUUUAUGUGUUUGAUGGUUGA